AUGGCAGCAAUCGGUUCUCUAGUCUUCUGCACGGAUUGCGGUAACCUUCUCGACCGGUCUGUUGGUCAGGAUAAGAUCAAAUGCAAUGUUUGCGGGUGUAUCAAUAAAGACACAAGCUCUAGAACGGUAGUAACACAUUCGAAUCCGGAUGCCUUCCCAUCGGCUCUCAAACAAAAGCAUUCUACUGGUCAAAAUCUAGCGCCAGAGGAUGUUGGCGGCCAAGCUGAGAUUGACACGCCAUGUCCUAAAUGCGAAAAUCCAGUUAUGAAGUUUACGACUGUACAAUUGAGAAGUGCUGAUGAAGGUGCUACUGUAUUUUAUAAUUGCCCAAAUUGUGGUUACAGGUAUAAUACGAACAAUUAG